AUGCACUCAUAUACAAUUAAUGCACAUGGCGAUUCAACGUUGGGUUCAGUACGCGUUGAAGCUGUUAGUCCAUCAGGACGAGAAUGGCAAAUUGGGAUACUUUACGAUAAUGAGCAUAUUCGUGGUUCACCGUUUGCUUGUCAUGUCUAUGAUGCAAAUCUUGUUCAGGUUUAUGGUUUGGAUGUCGGUUUAGUUGGACAGCAACUUAAAUUUAGUGUCAAUUCUUCACAGGCCGGUGAAGGUGCAGUUAAGGUAUCAGUGGUUCGCCUUGGACGUACAAUUCCAUGUGAAGUAGUUGAACAGGCCAGUUCCGGUGUUCAUCGUGUAAGCUUCACUCCAGAUGGAGCUGGUCAAUACAAAAUCCAUGUACUCUUCAAUAACAUUGAAGUAAAAGGAUCACCGUUUAUACUGGAUAUUGCGGAUGCAAGUUCAGUGUCUGUAUUCGGUGAAAACCUUCGGAUGGCAUCUGUUGAUCGUUUAAGUGUUUUUAUGAUUCAUGCAGUUGGUGCUGAAUGUAAAGAUAUUACUGUAACGGUCACAGCUCCUUCUGGAAAACAAAAAAGGGCUAGCGUAUUUCCAAUUGAUGAUAAUACCUUUAAAGUGGAAUGGAAAGCAGUUGAAGCAGGCGAACACUUGGUGGAUGUUCGACUGUUUGAUCAAAGUGUUUAUGAAAGUCCGUUUAUUUGUAAUGUUGGCGAUCCGGAUUUGGUUACUGUUCGGGAUAUGCCUCAGUAUUUAUCCUAUGAUAGUCUUAACAGAGAACAUAGCUUCGAAAUUGAUGCGUCUGCAGCCGGAUCCGGAAAUUUAGAAAUUAUGAUAAAUGGUGGCCGUAUACCAUGUCGGGUACGUGGCUUAGGCGGUCGAAAAUACCUGGCAAUGUUUAUACCUACUCAACCCUUACCACAUAUUGUUGAAAUGUCAUUCAACAACGAACAUGUCCGUAUGUCACCGUGGAGUAUACCGUUUGUACCGGAACAGCAUCGAAAUAUCUAUUAUCACAACAGUGAGCAAGUUUCUCGAGCACCCGAUAUUCGAAUGCUGGAUAAACGAAAACCGUGGUAUACCGAAUUGACGGGUCUUGGUCUUCAACGCGGUGCAGUGAACAAAAUUUCGUCAUUUGAAAUCACCGGUGAAGGACUAGAACCGGGUGCUGUUGUAACGAAACUUUAUGAUCCCAAAGGUCGAGAAGUGCCAAUACGGUGUUAUCAGUCCGGCAAUAAACUGAUUUGUGAAUAUGUACUUAAGCAGGUAGGUGAACAUCGUUUAGAAGCUAUUAUAUGUGGUAAAAAAAUUGAUCCAUAUCCACUGAUGGUAUCGGCUUAUUCGGCAGAUAAAGUUAGAAUUGAACCGCUCCGAGGCAGUACACCGGGACAGCCGGUACAGUUUGUCGGUAGGUGA